UCUAAAUAAAAAAGGAUUUAAGUGGGCUUUGAAUUGAAAAAUAAAUUGUGUUUUCGUUUCCACCUGGUUUCCAAUGGUUUCCACGUACGGGUAAAUAAUAAGUUAUAACUUUUUUCUAUAAAAGCGUGAAAAGUGAAAAAAAUAUGUUCUUUAAUAUUUGCUAAGUAGAAUAGUUUUUGUGUAGUGUAAAGUUAAGGACAAAAAUGAAUAUUCCGCAAGGAGUUAUGUUUCCAACAGGGUCCCUCUAUGUCGGAGACUUGCACCCUGAAGUCACAGAAGCCAUGCUGUAUGAUAAAUUCAACGCUGCUGGCCAAGUGUUAUCUCUCAGAGUAUGCCGAGAUGCUAGGACAAAGCAGUCGUUGGGCUAUGGGUACGUGAACUUCAGCCAAACAGCAGAUGCCGAAAGAGCGCUAGACACAAUGAACUUUGAUUUGUUGAAGGGAAAGCCUAUACGCAUUAUGUGGUGCCAAAGAGAUCCUGCUCUAAGAAAAUCAGGUAUAGGUAAUGUGUUUUUGAAGAACCUUGAUAGGAACAUCGACAAUAAGGCGAUGUAUGAUACUUUUUCCGCGUUUGGAAAUAUUUUAAGCUGCAAAGUGGCUCUAGAUGAGAAUGGAUAUUCAAAGGGUUAUGGUUUUGUGCACUUUGAGAGUGAAGACGUUGCUAAUAAAGCUAUAGAAAAGGUGAACGGUAUGCUCUUGAACCAAAAAAAAGUUUAUGUGGGUAAGUUUAUACCCAGGGUUGAACGAGAAAAGCAACUUGGUGAGAAAGCCAAGCAGUUUACUAAUAUAUAUGUGAAAAACUUUGGUCCCAAUAUGCCUGAUGAGAAGUUUUAUGAACUGUUUGCUAAAUAUGGACAGAUAACCAGCAGUGUUGUCAUGAGAAACAUUGAUGGUUCAUCAAAGGGCUUUGGAUUUGUUGCAUUUGCUGAUCCAAAGGCGGCUGAGCAAGCUGUACAAGAAACCAAUGGUACUGAAGUGGAUGGGAAUAUUCUGUAUGUUGGCCGUGCCCAGAAAAAGGCUGAACGUAUAAAUGAGCUCAAGAAAUGCUAUGAAGCUAUGAGAUUGGAAAGAUAUAAUCGCUUCCAAGGAGUUAAUUUGUAUGUAAAGAAUUUGGAUGACACUUUUGAUGAUGAAAAACUCAGAAAGGAAUUUGCUCCUUAUGGUACAAUAACAUCAGCAAAAGUGAUGACAGAGAAUGGUCGGAGUAAGGGAUUUGGCUUUGUCUGCUUCACUUCUUCUGAUGAAGCAACCAAGGCAGUGACUGAGAUGAACGGACGAAUGGUUGGCAGCAAACCACUCUAUGUUGCCUUGGCUCAGCGCAAAGAAGAUCGUCGUGCUUUCCUUAAUAGCCAAUAUAUGCAUAGGGCUCAGGCGCUCCGCCACCACCAGAACAGCAUCAAUUUCCCCACGACGACGCCUCCGUUCCUGAUUCCAGCUGUCGCACAGGGACCGCGAUUUUUCAAUCAUUUGAACCCUCUGAACCACAUCAGACCUGCACCCCGCUGGCCUGCCCCUAACGCUAUCCGCCCUAACGGCACCUACAACCUGCCCAUGAUCAACGGACCUUAUAGAGCUGCUUCAAGAUCUAACCUGAACGUCCGCGGAUCCAUGCACGCCCGCCCCAUCACCGGCCAACAGAGCACGCCACCCUCGCGUCCCAACAGCAAAUUCACUAGCUCUACAAAUAACAGCAUCCGCGCCGUCAGCGUGAACAUCGGCAAUGGUGGCGACAUCUCGCUGGGCGCCAACGCGCUCGUUGGGGCCGCGCCGCAGGAGCAGAAGCAGAUUAUUGGAGAGAAGCUGUUUAGAGUUGUAGAGAAGAUGUAUCCCGACAUAGCUGGAAAAAUAACAGGGAUGCUGCUGGAGAUAGACAACAGCGAGUUGAUCCACAUGAUCGAGAAUAAGGACUCUUUGAGGGCGAAAGUGGAGGAAGCAAUUGCGGUGUUGCAGGCACACACCAAGAAGGGCAUUGUAGUGCAGGAGUAAUUCUUUUUAUGUACACGUUGGGUUUUUUUAUAUUUGUUUGACCUAAGUAUUUUUAUUUAUUUGAAAAAUGUUCAAAAAGAUAUUUAUUUUUUCGCAUGUCGAUUUUUUUUAGUGAAGUUGAAAAUUAUCACGAAAUAUGUAUACUGAAGCUAGUAUUUUAUUUUUAGUAGUUAAUCUUGAAAUUUUUAGCGGUAAUAUUUUUGUAUUGUUAGGAAAAUAUGGAGCCUGGAAGAUGUUGACUAGUUUAAUGUAACUAGAAUAUAUAAAUAAAAGGUACAUUGC